AUGUCAAAAAGACCUCAAAUUCAUAUCUUUGUGGGAGCACCCAGUAUUCCAAGCCCACCAAACGUGUCAGGACAAAGUAGAUCAGCACAUGCUGCUGAAAAAUGGAGAGAACUCCAUUGUUUGUGUGAUACACAUGGUCUUUUUUCUGAAAAAGUCAAAGGUGCUGAGCACUUAGUGUUUCAGGCAGAAACAGCAGUUCCUACAAAUGACAGCUCUCAGCAGUCUGAGCAGGGGAGAUUAAUGGUAGCAAAAGAGUAUUUGGCAUCUCUUGAACCUGUGGCAGUAGCUUGUACCAGCAUACCUAAAAAGAGUGAAAGUUGCAUUUAUUCUGAUUGUCAGAUAUCUACAGUUAGAUGCAUGAAUGCAAAUGUAAAUCGGGCUGCAGAUCAACACCUUCCACAAAAAUUUGCAGAAUUAGCUAGACAAGAUAAAAUAUCACAUGGCUGUUGUUCAGACCUCACUGAAGGAAAAGGUGGUCAUUUAGAAGUUAAGAGCUCUGACAUUUCCGAUUUGGUUGCCAGUACUAAGCAGAUCAGCAUGCAUCUAAGGUCUGUGGGACAACGUAUUCAAUCAGAUUGUAGCAGUGAUCACCAUGAACUCCUGAGUCAGUAUUUGGAUGUCUUCUUCCCCCAAAAUCAAGAGUCAAAACCAAAAGGAGAAUCGAGUGAUUGUCCAGACUUUGCAGUGUCGACAGAUACUGAAUUUCGUAGUAUAAUGACUUCAAGUCAGAUGGCUGUUUUUGCACAGGGUCGGAGUGAGAUGCAGAAGCGAUUCAUAAAACUACUGGAAACGGAAGCAGGCAAAAAACCAGAUGCAAGGCAGUAUGAUCAUUUCCAACUUGAUUCUCAUGUUGGAACAUGUCUCAAUGUAGCUGAAAACGAAUAUAAGGAAGAGUGUACAAGUUCUCCUGAACUUUUCAUUUCUGAGAUUGAUGGAAAAAAUAUUUUCUUGGAAGCUGCAAAACAAGAAGGAAGUGCUCAGGAAAAUACAGAGGCGUUUCAGGAACUUAAUGUUCCUGUAAAUGAAAUCCAUAUUGAACCAUUGAGCUCAGGAAUAUUGUGCUCUCAAGUAGACAGUUCUCAUAAGAGUUCUUCUAAAAAAGCCCACAAAUGUGAAGAUUUCUUUCAUAAUUUUCACUCAUCAUUUAAAAGACAGCUGAAAUCUGAGAGAGCAAAACUUAAUUCUUGUCCAGCUGGUCCUGGGAUGAGAGUGGAUCAAGAGAGGACGACAGAGUUCAAGAAACUUCAAAAGAAAUUAACACCACUUAAGAACUGCUGCUGCAAAAAUCAGAAGUACAAUGUUUUGGUCACAAUUGUACAUCCUUGUCAUAUCAAAGAAAUACAGGUGAAGACUAGACCAAAAUCUUCGUGUAAAGUUCCUGUAGCAACAGUUGUAGUUAUUGACCAGUCAGAAAUUGAGAGAAAGGUGGUGCUGUGGCGUGGUGCUGCAUUUUGGUCACUCACUGUGUUUCCUGGGGAUAUUGUACUGCUUACAGAUAUAAUAAUGUAUGAGAAUCUUUGGUGUGGAGAAAUCAUGCUGCAGUCUACAUUUAGCAGUCAGUUACUGAAUCUGGGGAACUGCUCAGCCCUCAAUCCAGAAGAAUUUUAUCCCAUAGUAGGUUGUGGUGUUCUCCAUGGCUUACUGGCAUACAUAGCAUCAGAAUUUCCACACUUCAAAGACAUUCCGAGAAGACAAGUUCAGAGGCUGGAUAGUAUUCAGUAUAUGCAGCUGGACCAGCUCCAGCCGAAUACAGUGGUUCACUCAAUCUUGAAAAUUAUCAACAUUGCCAUAUUAACAGAAUCAGUGUAUAGCUACAGAGGUGGCAAUCAAAGAAAAAUUAUUCUAACGGUAGAACAGAACAGAGGUCAACACUAUAAGAUGGUGCUGUGGGGAGCAGGGGCUGCCUGGUACCCUCAACUUCAAAGGAAAAAAGAUCACAUAUGGGACUUUAAAUACCUUCUGGUGCAGCAUAGUUCUAUCUCAGGUGAUUUUGAACUGCACACAACUCCAUGGUCAUCGUGUGAGUGCUUGUUUGAUGAUGACAGGAGGGCAAUUGAAUUUAAAGAGAAGUUUCAGAAAAGCAAAACAUCCCUCAUGCAGGUGACAAAGCUCUCGGCACAUUUGGAGGAAAAGUGCUCAGGAGAGAUUCAAUUGAAAGCCCGUAUCUUAGAACUGAAGUUUACUGUUUCAACUGGUCACUAUAAGCAGCUCAUCUUUCGUGCUGACACUUCGCUGGAGUGUGUUUUGGCUUCUCUGCCUAUGAUUACAUAUUCAGGUUGUGCUAAAUGUGGUUUGGAACUACAGACAGAUGAGAACAUGAUCUACAAGCAGUGUAUUAGAUGUUUGCCAUACAACAAAGUAAAAACGUUCUACAGGUAA